CCGCCCCCUGGCGACGCGGGGCGUCCCUAACGACCCGCGCGGCUGCGCGGGGGGCCUGCCGGAAGGUUCCCACAGGCAUUAAGGACCUGCCCGUGUGAGGCACUCUUCAUCACAAGGCCAUUGCCAAGGGACUACCUGUCCGGAAGCUGCCAGUCCACAAUAUGCAGGAAACCCUAGGGACAUCGACCUUGUUGUUGGUCCCCAGCCGAUCCUCAAUCUCCAUGCAGGACAAGUUCUCCACUGCAGGCCAGACUUCGAGUGCAGGCCCCCAGCCCUCAAAGCCCUCAAUCAUCCCACCCCAUAGCAAGUCCAAGGGCUGGAAUUCUGGGACCAAAGUAUGUCGGAUGCGCCGGAUUAUAGCCGAGGAUCCCGAGUGGUCCCUGGCCACCGUUCCCCUCCUCACAGAGCUCUGCAUUCAGCACAUCGUCAAGAACUUCCACAACAACCCUAUCCUGAAGCAGCUGCUUCCAGAGCACCAGCAGAAGGUGCUGAACCACUUGUCACCCGACCUGCCGCUGGCAGUGACCGCCAACCUGAUCGACGACGAGAACUACUGGCGCCGCUGCUGCGAGCAGCGCUGGCCCGUGUGCCACGUGGCCAAGCACGGCGGCAGCUGGAAGCGCCUGUUCUUCGAGCGGCACCUGGAGAACCUGAUCAAACAGUUCAUCCCGAGCACCACGGACCCUGCGGUGAUCCUCGACCUGCUGCCGCUCUGCGGAAACUACGUGCGCGGGCUGCGCGUGGACCAGUUCCUUCCGCCCGUGCGGCUCCCGUCCCAACCCCGGAGCGGGGAGCUGUCCGACUCAGGCAGCGAGGUGGAGAUGGAGGAGCCCGCCUCGGACCACUACCAGCUGUGUGACUUGGUGGCUGGCCUGAGCCACCUGGAGGAGCUGGACCUGGUGUACGGGGUCAAGGACUGUGGCAUGAACUUUGAGUGGAACCUCUUCCUCUUCACCUACCGGGACUGCCACUCGCUGGCGGCCACCAUCAAGGCAUGCCACACCCUCAAGAUCUUCAGGCUGACCCGAAGCAAGGUGAACGAUGACAAGGCCCGCAUCCUAAUUCGUAGCCUCCUAGAUCACCCUGCCCUUGAGGAGCUGGACCUGUCGCACAACCUCAUCGGUGACCGGGGCGCACGUGCUGCAGCCAAGCUGCUGAGCCACAGCCACUUACGCGUGCUCAACAUGGCCAACAACCAGGUGCGGGCACCUGGUGCCCAGUCUCUGGCUCACGCCCUAGCACACAACACCAGCCUCAUUUCCCUCAACCUGCGCCUCAACUGCAUCGAGGAUGAGGGCGGCCAGGCACUUGCCCAUGCCUUGCAGACCAACAGGUGCCUCACCACCCUGCACCUCGGGGGCAAUGAACUGUCUGAGCCCACUGCCACGCUGCUGUCCCAGGUGCUUGCCAUCAAUACCACGCUCACCAGCAUCAACCUCUCCUGCAACCACAUCGGGUUGAGGGAGAAGAGCCUUCCCAGAAGCCACUCCCUCUAUAGGUCCUCCUCAAAUGUCAUUAGUCAUAUUUGUCUCACACACCCAUGGCUGAAUCGGAGGAGGGCCAUUACCAUUAUUGUCACAGAGCCAUGUUUUUCAAACCAUGAGGGUUGAAAAAUCAAUUUAGUAAGUCUUGAUCACCGUUUUUCUUAUAGAAUAGAACGGGAUGGGAUAGGAUAGCAUAGAACACAUUAGUGUGCUGCACAAAAGGUUAACCAUUGUUUUGUGAAACUCAUUCUAGUCACAUCCUUGUAUAAAUGUAUGUAUGUGUGUGUACACACAUGUGCAAGGGUGAUCCUGGGUAGUGAUAUGAAAU